GCUGAGCCCGGUUCAGUAGCACCAGACCCUGCAGCAGGACGGCGGAGGACCGGGGAGAGAGAGCCGAGUAUCGGGGUGCACGGUUGGGACAUCCGGACCGGUUUGCAGCGGGGACGUGGGCCCCCGCAUGAUCGCUCGCAGUCCGCGGGCUGUGAUGAUGCUGAUGCGCGCAGAGCAGAGAGAGACGCACCGCGCCGCAAACCCGCAACCGUGCGUGAGACGCCGCUGCAGGGAUUCACGCUUUCCUCCAUCACACCCUCACCGACAGAAACCCGGAUUUCCAAACCGGUGCAUGAGCCCGACAACCGGGUAACGCACCAUACCUCUGCAGCCCCAUUCUGUACCCCGCCCUGUCUGCGGAAUGAGGCAGGGGGCUCGCAGCGGACGGGGACACCAGCUUUGAACCGACCCCUGCGUUCAUUUCAUCUUUUUUUUUUUAACCGCACCUGCUUGGAUGUGCACGCACCGCUGGUUCUGAGUCGUGUUUGAGAGCAGAGAGGGAACGAUGUUGGUGCGAUGCUACCGGGGCAAGCUGUCCGUGUGGGCCGCCCUGUGCGUGCUGGUCCUCUGCUGGUUCUACAUUUUCCCCGUGUACAGGGUGCCCAGCGAUAAGGAGAUAGUGGACGAGGUGCUGAGGCAGGGCGGAGUGUGGGAGAAGAACCAGACGGGCAUCGAUCUGUACAGGAAGUUGUUGACGGACUGUUGCAAUCCACGGAGGAUGUUCGCCGUCACCAAGGAGAACUCGCCGAUGGGGAAGGUCCUGUGGUAUGACGGGGAGUUUUACCACUCGCACACCGUCAACAACGAGACCUACCCGCUCUUUGUGCAGGGCAACCCUCUGCAGUUCCCCCUGAAGAAGUGCGCGGUGGUGGGCAACAGCGGCAUCCUCCGACACAGCAAAUGCGGGCAGCAAAUUGACCGGUCCGACUUCAUUCUGAGGUGUAACCUUCCGCCACUCUCAAAGGACUACGUGGAGGAUGUGGGAACCCGAACACACCUGGUAACUGCCAACCCCAGCAUCAUAGAGAAAAGAUUUCAGAACCUCCUGUGGUCGAGAAAGGCCUUCGUCGACAGCAUGAAGGUCUACGGCUCCAGCUACAUGUACAUGCCAGCGUUCUCCAUGAAGCCCUGCACCGACCUGUCUCUGCGGGCAUAUUACGCCCUGGCAGACUCCUCCUCCAACCUCACCAUGCUCUUCGCCAACCCAGAGUUCCUGCGCACGGUCGGCAAAUUCUGGAAAGCCCGAGGCGUGCACGCCAAGCGCCUCUCCACGGGGCUCUUCCUGGUCAGCCUGGCCCUGGGGCUGUGCGAGGAGGUGACGGCCUACGGCUUCUGGCCGUUCUCCAUUGGCCUGGACGGGCAGCCGGUCAGCCACCACUACUACGACAACAUCCUGCCCUACAAGUGGUUCCACACCAUGCCCGAGGAGUUCGUCCAGCUCUGGCACUUGCACAAAAGCGGCACGCUGCGCAUGAGGGUGGGACACUGCCCCCCAUAGGGAGGAGGGAGCCGGAAAAGAUGGCGGUCCGUUGAGGUUUAGCUGGUUAAAGGGCGCAGAGUGAGAUGUUUGGGUUGUGAAUCGGCAGGAAGUUGUUGUCAUGACGCAAAUGGAUGCACAUACAAUAUUUCCUCUGAGAAACCUCAGCGCUGCAUCUGUGUUCAUACACGAUGCUGCUGUACCACCAAGAUUAUCCCUAAUUAUAAUGAGAAUGUCCUCCACCCAGACCAGCAGCAUCAGGGACAGAGAAUACACUGACACAGGCACACACACACAUACACACACACACACACACUCACACACACACAUGCACACACUCUCCAAAAAACCUCGACGAAGCCGUACCUCGACCCCUUGUCUCUGAAAUCGUGUGGAUGUGUGUUUUCUAUGGAAAGCCCCUCGAGUGGGGCACAGAAAGGUGAAAGUGUGCAAGGCUGGGUGUUUGGGGGGAUUUUUUUUUUGUCUGUGCGACUGUAUCUGACUGUCAUAUGGGGCAGCUGGACCAAACCCCCCUCCGGGUCUUUGUUCAACAGAGACAGAAGGAGCGGAGGAGCGGGGGGAUAAUAAAAUGCACUGAAAGAAGAGUGGUGAAGACGUGAGGUGCAAGGGAGCGAUAAUGGUGUCCUGCUACCUUGUGGCUUGAAUAGGUCUGGAGGAAAAAAAGAGUGACAGCGGGAGAAGGAGAGGCUGGUGUGCGUCUGAAAGGAUUUGUCUUUGCUUUUCUUCUACCAAGCGCUUGAUUGGCAUUCUGCUGUGCCAAAUAGAGCUUUAGUACCAAGCGGGAGCCGUUAGAAAAGGAGUCUCUAAUACUACGUCUCCCAGAAUGUUUAGCCAAGUUGCAUUUUAACCCUUCGCUGAAAGUGUGAGUUUUUUCUUCUGUCCAGGAUUAAUGUGACUUCUUUUUUGGGCCAUGAAGAGAAGGGAUGAAGCAUUAUAGGCACGUGUGAACAUUUGCAGCAAAAAAAAAAAAAAAAGAGGAAAGCACCGAAUCACACACAUACAUCAGGUACCUCACCUUUCAUUCGACAUCGACACUGACGGACUGUUCGGUACGAUUCGCACAAGCCCGGCUGUGCGGACAGAAAACAGCCUGCGUCUUUGAGAGGGGCUUCUAGAAGUCGCCUCUUGGUAAAGAGCACUGUUCUUGCCAAGUGGCGAGCCAGGGGAACAGUGCCCUCUUUGAUUCACUUUCUCGCUCUGUCCUUGUGCUCUUGAAACGGCGAGACGCUCAUAUACAGAGAGGUAGUGACGGAGACAGUACUCGGGGACCGGACGUCUCAAUGAGGCAUUUUAACGGCAGAUUUUUGCUGGACACCUUAUACAUUAAACCGUGGUUUAUUUAAGCAGUUGCUGUUGUUUGGAUUUCGCCUCUGUCCUGUGUUCCUUUUCUAUAAUUGUAAUUUUAUUUUUUACAUUUUAUGUUGGCCACAAGGGAAAAGUAACUUGCUUAUGUACAGGCCGCAAUGACAGAUGUUUUUUGUUUUUUUGUUUUUUUCUACUCGCAGGCCUUGCAGAUGUUAUAAAAUAUUAUAAAUACUGUUUUCUUAUUUAAAAGUGAUAACAAUGUGACCGUGCCAUAUCGUCAGUAAACGCAACAAAAGGACAACUCUGCAUGGAAAGUGCAUGGAGUGCAACCCUCCUCUGACUCAAGGUGCAAAAACAUGUCGAUAGGUUUCGUGUUUUUCUAUGUUUAUCCACCCUCCCGUCUGUUAAAGUGAAAGAGGUCCGGUGCAUUUGAGAAGCAUUGAAGACAUUUCCAACGUCGAUCCUGCUCUUAAAUGUGUUCCUGACUUUAAAGUUAAAUUAACUUAGGCUACAUCUACUACUUUUUGGUUUGAAAGUGCAUCAACUCUGCUACGGAAACGCUGCUGGCCCCGUUUUAUUUUGAAAACUCCCGGGAUGACUUUUAGUUUGGACGGGCAAAAAUGGAGUCUCCUGGAAACGAUGAUGUAGACACUCACAACUGCUUGCUGAUUGGUUCUUUUCAGUCAUGAUGUAUCUUCGUCAGGCUCUUACCAUAUGAGCCCCUUUCCGGAAAAUUGCAGAAAGCAACAUGGAUAAUCGAUAACAAGCGUUGCUGUUUUCAAAAUAAAACAUAUUAGUAUGGAUGUAGCCUCAUAUCUGAGCUUAGAACUGCUGGACCAAGUAAAUGAAGGGAAUAAAAUAGAAUAACUUCCAGUCCAAUUGCACAUGCGGCUCCUCCAGACUGCGAACCAAACUUUAUAAAUACUUUGACCAAUUAUAUUUUUUCGUACUGUGAUAUGACAUUUUUUUGCACCUUUUAUCUGUUUUUCCUCUCCUGCCCAGUAUUGUGAAUGAACGAGUUGUGACAUAGUGUGAAAUGUUCAGUAAGCAUGAUGAUUUUUAAACGUGUAUGUGCUUUUUGGUACACAGCUCUAUUUUAAUUGUGAUCGGAUUCUCGCCCUCGUUCCAUCCCACGUGACGGACGGAAGAGCCACGGUGAAGCUGGGAUUUCUUAUCUGAGGGGGGAUGAAUCUGUGAUCUUUUAGAUUAGCUUCAAAGCUCAAUUCAUUCUUUAAAAGUGGACUUUUUCAAACGCUACUGAACAAGUCAGUGCAGCUGAUGCUAACAGACGACAUAUGAGGCUCUUCCUGCUGUGACUUGCACAACUUAAAUCCACAUCAUCUGCAGCUUGUACGUUUUAAUAGAUGUUUUUAGCAGUUUCUUUUAUCGAUCCUGCUCCAGGAGAACAUGUAAGAGCAGUAUCAUCAACCAUCAGCAACCAGGGACAGCAUAACAUCCACAAUUUGUUACGUUCCAGUCAGAGGUUCCAUGUAAAGCACCGUAGAGCAUGAGGCCGCAGGGUGACUAGUUGGUUAGAGUCUGGUCAUGGAGGUGUCACAUGUUUGACCUGCUGUAGCAUAUGACCAGCCGCGCUGUCUUUUAAGUGACACCCUCCAUUCCUACGUGAUGACGGAUGUGAAACCUGUCGAUGUUUCACAUCAGACGUUAAGUUCUGCAGGCAUAUCUCACCUCAUGAUGAUUAAAGUCUUCUACUCUUAAGUCCUGGUUGGUCAUGCUUACGUCUCAGUGCAGGUUUAGCACAGCAGAGUCUGGAUCCAGCUACUUAGCGACAUGCUGUGUCACAGAAGACGCUGCAAACUGAAUAUGAAGUGGGUCAAAUGGUGAAAAUUAGCCUGAAGGAACUACUGAAUGUUAAAGCCUGUCUGUGUACGGUGUGAAUUUCAUGCAGCUAUAGCUUCUUUCAAACUAGACUCAGUAGAGCACAUACCUCCGCCAAGGAUCAACAGUUCACUGAAAUUCUCUCUUGUAGAAAAACGGCCCAAUUUUCAAUGUUAAAUAAAGUGGAAAAAAAAUCCUGCA